AUGGAUAUUCUGCACUGGUUUUGUGUAUACCUUAGUGUAUUCUGCAGCUUGGUGCCUUGCUUCGGUCACCCACAGCCAUGUCGUAUUCUUGCCCGUAUUGGGCACACAGUUCGUCUUGGUGCCCUCUUACCCUUGGCUGGACACUCACAGACCAGAAUCCAGAAUGUUCUGUCCCGAAUCAGUCGCAGCAGUUUGCUCCCAUACAAUCUGAGUUUGGAGGUGGUUUCGGGCGCACCAAGGGAGAGGGAUCCUGUCUCAUUGGCACAAUGGUUAUGCCAGGUAAUAGUUGCCCAAGGAGUGGCUGCAGUGCUGGCAUUCCCUCAGUCACAGGAGGAGCUGCUACAAUUGGAAUUUCUGUCAAGUUUUUUGGAGAUACCAUUUCUCAGUAUUCUGGAGCAGGAGCAGAUCAUGCCACUGACCACUAAGAAUCCCUUCCACUUUCGCAUGGAUACUCGAAGCUCAGUGGGUUCCCUCAUGGAAAUUUUAAGCAGCAUCUUACAAAACAGCAGCUGGGAGGAACUUCUGGUUAUCACCUGCCACCCAUGGGAAACCACCACCAUUCUUGAUUAUCUAACAACUAAUACAAGUAUGAUGACACGUGAAAUCCUCAACAUUCGCUCACUCAAUGAUUCUGCUGUGGGAACUUACCUGCAUCAUCGCUUUGAGGCAAUAAAGGAUCUUGAGAUUCCCUUGCUUCUUCAUGGAUGUGAUGCACAUCGAUCUUCAUUAGUAUUCAAGGCUGCCCGUGGCAGUGGACUAGAGCCACAAGAGAUUCAUUGGAUGGUUGGACAGCCUCUCAACGUGGAAGAGAUGCAGACAGAUGGCAUGCCCCCUGGGUUACUGGCCUAUGGUGAGGUCAGCCGACCAAGUUUGGAAAAGUUUAUAAGAGAUGCAGUAGGGUUAGUUACCCGGGCAAUCACAAGAGCAGUGCAGAUAAGACCAGAUCUUGCUCUUAUUCAGACCAUGGUGAACUGCAAUGACAAGAAAACAUCAGAGAAUGAAUCUUCUGGUAUGUACCUGUCUAGGUACUUAGCCAACACAUCAUUCUCAGGACAAACUGGUCAAGUGUAUAUAAUGAACAAUAAUCUGAUCCACACUGAUCACCACUACAAGAUAUGGAGCUUGGUCCGUGACUCUUUAGGAGAUCCCACCUGGGUAACUGUGGGUGGCUGGUAUGAAGGGAAAAUGGAAUUGGAAGAAGGUGUUUGGCAAAAUCGCAUAAAAAAACUGGAACCAGCACCAGUAGUGAUACAACGUACAAAGCUCAGGGUGGUAACCCUUGUGGAACAUCCCUUUGUUUUCACUCGAGCGGUGGAUGCUGAUGGAAGUUGUCCAGCUGGUCAAAUGUGCCUAAACCCUCACACAAAUAACUCUGCUUUAUUGGAUAUGCUGUUUGAAGAGCUUAAUUCACCAAAUGGUUCUGUGCCACUAGAAUACAAAACUUGUUGUUAUGGCUACUGCAUUGAUUUAUUAGAAAAGCUAGCAGAGGAUCUUGGAUUUCACUUUGAGCUGUACAUUGUUGGAGAUGGAAAAUAUGGAGCCCGGAAAGGCAACCGCUGGACAGGGCUAGUUGGAGACUUGUUGAGCGGAGCAGCUCACAUGGCUGUUUCAUCAUUUAGCAUAAACUCAGCAAGAAGCACUGUUAUAGACUUUACUAGCCCAUUCUACUCUACCAGCCUUGGUAUUUUGGUUCGCAUGCGAGACACUGCCUCUCCUAUUGGAGCUUUCAUGUGGCCUCUUCACUGGUCCAUGUGGGUUGGUAUAUUUGUGGCCUUGCACAUCACUGCAUUAUUUCUUACAUUCUAUGAAUGGAAGAGUCCUUUUGGUAUGACUCCACAUGGACGUAACAGGAUGAAAGUCUUCUCAUACUCUUCAGCACUUAAUCUAUGCUAUGCCAUUCUCUUUGGAAGGACAGUAUCGAGCAAAACUCCAAAAUGCUGCACAGGAAGAGUGCUUAUGAACCUGUGGGCAAUUUUCUGUCUAUUAGUACUAUCCAGCUACACUGCAAACCUGGCUGCAGUAAUGGUGGGAGAUAAGACUUUUGAAGCUUUGUCAGGAAUCCAUGAUCCAAAGCUUCAUCAUCCUUCUCAGGGCUUCCGCUUUGGCACAGUUUGGGAAAGCAGUGCAGAACAAUACAUAAAAAAAAGUUUCCCUGAAAUCCACAACUAUAUGCGAAGGUUCAGCGUCCCAUCCACAUCAGAUGGAGUCCGCAUGUUAAAGACAGACCCACCAACAUUAAAUGCUUUUAUUAUGGAUAAAGCUUUGUUGGAUUAUGAGGUAUCCAUAGACUCUGACUGCAAGCUGCUAACUGUGGGGAAACCCUUUGCCAUUGAAGGUUAUGGAAUUGGUCUGCCCCAAAACUCUGCCCUAACCUCUAAUAUAUCUGAGUUCAUAAGUCGUUAUAAAUCAUCUGGAUUCAUGGACACUCUGCAUGACAAGUGGUAUAAAAUGGUGCCCUGUGGAAAGCGGGUGUUUGCUGUGACCGAGACGCUCCAAAUGGGAAUUUACCAUUUUUCUGGAUUAUUUGUCCUUCUUUGUAUCGGGGUUUGUGGUUCACUCCUCACAUCUUUAGGAGAAAGGAUUGUUUACUACCUGAUCCUGCCUCGCAUCAGAAGAAGGCAAAGAUUCAAAUACUGGCUUCACACUAGUCAGAAAAUACAUUGGGCUUUGAACAUGGCAAGUGAAGACCAAGAUGUGAAGCUGCCAAAACCUGACAAACGCUGCAACCUCCAGAAAGAAUCAAAUGCAGAACCUCAGUCUGUCUGGAAUAACCUGCGGCGCGCACCAGUUCACCUGGAGAAAAGGGUGCACUUUAAUUUAGAGACUGUAAAUAUUAAGGAUAAGGAUUGUUCAUGUGUAAAUGGACAAAUUUCCAACCCCAAGGAGCAGGAACUAAAAGAACUGGAGUUGAAAAUAGAAGGUAUGAAGGAUCAGCUGAGAGCUGCGCUGGUGAGAAAAAGUGAGCUGAUGGUCAUUCUGCAACCUCCAUGCAACCACACGCAGCCAAAAACAGAGGGGAACAGAUGA